AAAUGGUUGCUUUUCCUUUUUCCUUGAAGUGGUCUAAAGUAAGAGGCGCAGCUCCUCAGUGCUACUUCUUAUUUCUAUGCAAAAUAACAAAAGAAAAAAUGAUGGUCCACUGAACCCAAGGCUGUCUAUCUACAUGGAAAGAUGCAAAAACCAAACCCAACUCUGAUUUUGCUGAUUGAUCAGAUUCAGCUAGCAAGCUUGCUGAAGAUGCAAGCAACAAAUUAAAGCUUCAAGAAACCAUGGAUGCAAGCAGAUUCAAGCUAGGGGAGGACAGGCAAGUAAUUUCAACAAAGAAAAGGUUGCAGAUUUCUGAAUUUUGGUUGAUCAAACGGUCUGUUGGCAAAGAGUGCAUCUUUAUGCACAAACUUCGCUUUUGCUUUUCUUCAUAAAGUUAAAGAUGAUAGAUACCACAAUAUACAGGGGAAAGGAUGCAAAUAAAAUGAAAGCCAAUGUCCCAUUUCAAAAGCAUCCAAGGCCCUCUCUUUUUCUCUCUUCAAUUCUUUAAAUGUUCACUGCUUUUCUUCAACCUUGAUAGUUCAGCAAUGGCUGCUUCCGGUGCUAGCCUUGCUCUCGUCGUUUCUCUCCUCCUCGUUUUCCUCGGAUCUUCUCAUUCAGUUUCUUUACAGGCCCUGUCUCUUAAGAGGCAGGCUUCGGUUCUGAUUUCUCUUAAACAAGCAUUUGAAGCUCCCAACUCUUUUCUGGAUAGCUGGAAUAUGUUAAACUUGGAGUCCCUCUGCUCGUGGACCGGCAUCAAGUGUGACUCCGAGAACAGAUCAGUGGUUUUGCUGGACUUGUCUAACUACAACAUCUCUGGCUCUUUCUCACCUGUGAUCACUGAGCUUCAGACUCUUGUUAACUUAUCGGUGUCUGGAAACAGCUUCUCGGGAGCUUUCCCACCCGAAAUUCACAAGCUGGGAAGCCUGCAGUUCCUCAACAUUUCAAAUAACCUGUUUAAUGGAAGCCUGGAUUGGCAGUUCUUGGAGUUGAGGGAGCUCUUGGUGCUGGAUGCUUACAACAAUGAAUUCUCUGGUUCUCUUCCUUUGGGGGUUGCCGAGCUUACGAAGCUGAAGCAUUUGGAUUUUGGCGGGAAUUACUUUUCGGGUGAAAUCCCUGCUAGCUAUGGAAGGCUAGAGCAGCUAGAUUUUCUCUCCUUAGCAGGAAACAAUUUGGUUGGUUCUAUACCCGGUGAGCUCGGGAACCUUAAUAAUCUGAAGGAUCUUCGUUUGGGGUACUACAAUCAGUUUGAUGGCGGAAUCCCACCCGAAUUCGGCAAGCUGAUCAAAUUGGUUCAUUUAGACCUCUCAAGUUGUGGCUUGAAAGGUCCAAUUCCUCCAGAGUUGGGCAAUCUGGAGAAGCUGGACACCCUGUUUUUGCAAACAAAUCAGCUCAUCGGUUCAAUCCCUCCCCAGCUAGGCAAUCUCACCAGCUUGAAGUCCCUUGAUCUUUCCAACAACGGGCUCACAAGAGAGAUCCCGGUUGAGCUCUCGCGCCUGCAGGAGCUCACCCUCCUGAACCUGUUCAUCAACAAGUUUCAUGGUGAGAUUCCUCGGUUCAUAGCCGAGCUGCCUAAGCUGGAGGUCCUGAAGCUUUGGCAGAACAACUUCACUGGAUCCAUCCCACCAUGGCUCGGACAGAAUGGUAAGCUAAUUGAGCUUGAUCUCUCCACCAACAAGCUCACCGGGCAAGUGCCUAACUCUCUGUGUUCUGGAAGGAGGUUGAAAAUCUUGAUUUUGCUGAACAAUUUUCUGUUUGGUCCUCUACCUGAGGACUUGGGAAAAUGCGACACGCUCUCAAGAGUUCGACUUGGGCAGAAUUACUUGAGUGGAUCGAUACCAAGUGGUUUUCUCUACUUGCCUGAAUUAUCACUGAUGGAACUACAGAACAAUUAUCUGACUGGACAGGUUGAGGAGGAGAUGGGCAAGGUACCUUCGAAACUUAGCCAGCUGAAUCUGUCAAACAAUCGCUUAUCGGGUUAUCUUCCUUCUUCUAUCGGAAACUUCUCGAGCUUGAAGAUCCUUCUUCUGAAUGGAAAUCGAUUCACGGGGGAUAUUCCAUCUGAUAUAGGCCGGUUGAAGAAUAUCCUUAAGUUAGACAUGAGUAGAAACAACUUCUCUGGUGGAAUCCCUCCCGAUAUUGGUAAUUGUUUCCUGCUGACUUACUUGGAUUUGAGCCAAAACCAACUCUCAGGUCCAAUUCCAGUUCAAAUUGCUCAAAUCCACAUUCUAAAUUACCUCAACAUCUCUUGGAACCACUUGAACCAGAGCCUUCCCAGGGAAAUAGGAUCCAUGAAGAGCCUAACCUCUGCAGAUUUUUCCCACAAUAACUUCUCAGGCUGGAUACCUGAAACCGGACAAUAUUCUGUAUUCAACUCCACUUCCUUUAUCGGCAACCCUCAUCUCUGUGGAUCGUACUCGAAUCACUGUGACUAUUCGUCAACCUCACCGGUAGCAGCCACCAACCAAAAAGACAACAAACCCAAGGUCCCGGGAAAAUACAAGCUUAUUUUUGCUUUGGGGCUUCUGUUUUGUUCCUUGGUUUUUGCUCUAUUGGCAAUUAUCAAGACCCGGAAGGUGAGGAAGAAUUCGAAUUCAUGGAAGCUUACUGCAUUCCAAAAGCUAGAAUUUGGAAGCGAAAACAUCUUAGAAUGCUUAAAAGACAACAACAUUAUAGGCAGAGGUGGAGCAGGGAUUGUGUAUAGAGGAACAAUGCCAAAUGGAGAGCCAGUAGCAGUGAAGAAACUGUUGGGGAUAAGCAAAGGCUCUUCUCGUGACAAUGGCCUCUCCGCAGAGAUCCAGACACUGGGCAAGAUCAGGCACAGGAAUAUCGUGCGACUGAUGGCGUUCUGUUCAAACAAAGACACCAAUUUGCUGGUUUACGAGUACAUGCCAAAUGGAAGCUUAGGUGAAGUUCUUCAUGGCAAGAGAGGUGCAUAUCUCAAGUGGGACACCAGGCUCAACAUAGCCGUGGAGGCGGCCAAAGGCCUCUGUUACUUGCACCAUGACUGCUCUCCUUUGAUAAUUCACCGCGAUGUCAAGUCCAACAACAUCUUGCUCAACUCUGAUUUCGAGGCUCAUGUAGCAGAUUUCGGGCUUGCCAAGUUCUUACAAGACACCGGAACUUCAGAGUGCAUGUCUGCAAUUGCCGGCUCUUAUGGCUAUAUUGCUCCAGAGUAUGCAUACACAUUAAAAGUUGAUGAGAAAAGCGACGUCUACAGCUUCGGGGUGGUGCUUCUAGAGCUUGUAACAGGCAGGAGGCCAGUGGGAGAUUUUGGGGAAGAAGGGAUGGACAUUGUUCAAUGGACAAGGAUUGAAACGAACUGGACGAAAGAAAAGGUGGUCAGAAUCCUUGAUGAGAGGCUGAAAAAUGUUCCUCUAGAUGAAGCAAUGCAGGUCUUCUUUGUGGCAAUGCUGUGUGUGCAAGAACAGAGUGUGGAGAGGCCAACCAUGAGGGAAGUUGUCCAGAUGCUUGCUCAAGCCCGGCAGCCGAAUUCGUUUCCCUUGCAAUGACUCACUUGAUUCAGCACCCCAGUUCAUGUUAAUUCCUACAGUUCUAGCUAAAAUUGUGACAAAAAAAAAAAAAGGCAGCAAUGGCUAAGGGUCUAAGGCUGAGUAACUCUGCUUAAGCUUACGUGAAACAGAUACUGUUUUCUUCACUUUGUUGGUACAAGUAGAAUGUGUCUGCAAUUUGCUAUAUAUAUAGAAUUGAUGUAGGCAGCUCCACAUAAUGAGAUAUACAAGUAGGGGGGUGAUA